GUCGCAGGGCAGAUUCAUGGUGUCGGGAAGCUCUAGAGGCAUUGAAGCCGACAACGUCUCCUGUUGAACCUGCCACCCUCACAGCCCACUCUUCUGCCAACUCGGCUCACUUCCACAACCAUCUGCCCAACAUGUCUCGGCCCGAGGACACACUCGCGGCCGAUGUCCACUACAAUGACACCGAGGCGCGGAAGUACACGACAAGCAGCCGUAUCCAGAACAUCCAAGCGUCCAUGACCCGCCGGGCCCUAGAGCUCCUCGACCUCCAAGAACCAUCCUUCAUCCUGGACGUCGGCUGCGGCAGCGGCCUGUCCGGCGAGAUCCUGAGCGCGGAGCCCGAGGAGCAGGGCGGCCCACACAUCUGGGUCGGCAUGGACGUCUCGCCGUCGAUGCUGGACGUCGCCCUGCAGCGGGACGUCGAGGGCGACCUGCUGCUGGCCGACAUAGGCCAGGGCGUGCCGUUCCGCGCGGGCACCUUCGACGCGGCCAUCAGCAUCAGCGCGAUCCAGUGGCUCUGCAACGCCGAGAGCAGCGAGACGAGCCCCGAGGGCAGGCUGUCGAGGUUCUUCAACGGCCUCUACGCCAGCCUCAAGAGGGGCGGCAAGGCCGUGUGCCAGUUCUACCCCAAGAACGACAAGCAGAAGCACAUGAUCACCCAGGCCGCCGUCAAGGCGGGCUUCGGCGCGGGUAUCCUCGAGGACGACCCGGAGACCAAGAACGUCAAGCUGUACCUGGUGCUCACCGUGGGCGGCACGGGUGGCGACAUCACGGGGGUGGUCAAGGGCAUGGACGGCGUGGACGUGCACGACUCGAGGAGGCAGGGCAAGAACGGCAAGGGGGACAUCAAGAAGGGCAGCAAGGCUUGGAUUAUCAAGAAGAAGGAGCAGAUGGAGCGCAAGGGGAAGAUCGUCAAGGCCACCUCCAAGUAUACGGGCAGGAAACGGCGGGCACAAUUCUGAGUGUUUCUUGCGAUCCCAAAUCUCCUUGUGCGACCUCACGGCGCUUUGUUUCUUCUGCAUGGUAUGGCGUUCAGAUGGUCUUAUAUUGCUUCCUUUAAUGUUAAAGAUACCCUCAG